GGCGGCUGAGCUCCGGGGUGAGGGGUGGGCUCAGCGCUCGGAGCCAGGGGGCGGCCGCAGCUGUAAGGAAGCCGGCGUCAUGGCUACCUCCGCCGUCUCCUCCGAGCACUUUGAGAAACUGCAUGAGAUCUUCCGCGGCCUCCAUGAAGACCUACGAGGGGUCCCCGAGCGGCUGCUGGGAACGGCGGGGACCGAAGAGAAGAAGAAGUUGGUCAGAGAUUUUGAUGAAAAGCAACAGGAAGCAAAUGAAACGUUGGCAGAAAUGGAGGAAGAACUACGAUAUGCACCCAUGUCUUUCCGUAACCCCAUGAUGUCUAAGCUUCGAAACUACCGGAAAGACCUUGCCAAACUCCAUCGGGAAGUGAGAAGCACACCUUUGACAGGCACACCUGGGGGCCGAGGAGACAUGAAGUAUGGCGCAUACGCCCUAGAGAAUGAGCACAUGAAUCGGCUACAGACACAAAGAACAUUGCUUCUACAAGGCACUGAAAGCCUGAACCGAGCUACCCAAAGCAUUGAGCGUUCUCAUCGAAUUGCUACAGAAACUGACCAGAUUGGCUCAGAAAUCAUAGAAGAGCUUGGGGAACAGAGAGAACAAUUGGAACGUACCAAAAGCAGACUGGUAAAUACAAGUGAAAACUUGAGCAAAAGUCGAAAGAUUCUCCGCUCGAUGUCCAGAAAAGUGACAACCAACAAGCUGCUGCUCUCCAUCAUCAUCUUACUGGAGCUGGCCAUCCUAGCUGGUCUGGUUUAUUACAAAUUCUUUCACAAGCACUGAACAUCCUGUACAGAAGGGUUUGUGGACCAGAACCUUGGCCCCGUGAACGAAUGGUGUUAGGGAUGUUAAAUGUGUUGCUGCCCUGGGUUAGAUGCAAGAAUGCACUGUGUAGCCAAACCGUGGGAGAAGGGAGAGUGAUGGGAAAACCACAUAAAUGUCAAGGAAAAGCAACAAGACCACUAUGAUAUACCAAGGUAAUAAAUGCUGUUUAUCACUUCUUAAAA